UGGCGAGGACUCAGCCGCUGCCCCAGCCCCCCUGCCCCCGGUCUUCCCGCGUGCAGCUGCUAUUGUCACAGUUCUAACUCCAAACGCCCCGCUGUUCGCCGCCGGUUCAGCUCAUUGGGCUGUGUAGGCUUGAUUGGCCGCGGGGACAGCCAAUGGGGUUUCGUUUCCAAGGAGUCCUUAGGCCCCGCCUUUCUGAGGGCAUGCAGUAACAAUAUGGCAGCGGCUGCUACUGGCAGAGUGUGGUCUUGAGAGCGGUGGCUCUGCAGCUGGGAAAGAGCCGUCGUGCGUCUGCCCUUCUGGAGAGAUCUGCAAUGCCCUGGCAGGGCACGAGAAACAUCCUUGGCAGAUGGGCAGCUACAGCAGAAUUAAAGCUGUGAAGUGAUGAUUCCUACAUUUUCUAUUUACCAGACUGGAUUCCUUAAUACUGAACCAGAGAACACGGCAGAUACAAAUCAGGAUCUCCUUUCCCAGCAACCUAGAGUGUGUGCCUUGGGUUAUAUGGUUCAAAGAGCACGGGAAUCAAAUGUAACAAACACAUGUGGGCACAGAGGAUUGGACACAUAGGCACAAAUGAGAGUUUCUGGGUGGCUAAUCCGGCACCAGAUGGUUUGGCACUGAAGUUGAAAAUAUACAUCAUAUAUGCAAGAAUGAAAGGUUUUUGGCAUAUAUUCACAGGCUCCCACAAGGCAGUAACGGAGGCUUUGAGUGGCAAGUGGUGACAGAUUCUGCAGUUCCAGCAACUGUUCAUUUUGAUAGCAUUUGCAUUCUAUACAUCUCAAUUUCUUACUUCUGGAGAAAGUAGUGCUGGGUACCAGUACUGUCUUGCAAGUCAUUAAAACCAUGGGCAAUGCAGAGAGUCAAAAUGUAGAACAUCAAUUCUAUGGAGAGAAGCAUGCCAGCCUUGGAAGAAAACACACAUCACGCUCACUUCGCCUUUCAAACAAAGCAUCUCGACGGACCAGGCAUGCUUCUUCAGGAAAAAUUAUUCAUAGGAACUCAGAAGUAAGCACAAGAUCUAGUAGUACUCCCAGUAUCCCUCAGUCAUUAGCUGAAAAUGGCCUGGAGCCUUUUACCCAAGAAGGCAAUUUGGAGGAUUUUGGAAGCCCAAUCUGGGUAGACAGAGUGGACAUGGGUUUAAGGCCAGUUUCUUACCAUACAGAUUCGUCGGUCACUCACAGCAUGGAUAGUAGUACAGUUCACAUGGCAGCAUCCAUACAGAGUAUGCCUAAUUCAGAAGAAGGCAGACUUUAUGCCGAUGGAUAUUUGGCUGAAGGAAGUAAUAGGCAACAUUCAUACUCAACAAAUGGGACCACUUUUUUGGAGCCUAUGAGCUUCAAGAAAAAACGUUCAAAAUCUGCAGAUAUCUGGCGGGAGGACAGCUUGGAAUUUUCUCUUUCUGAUCUCAGUCAAGAACACUUAACAAGCAAUGAAGAAAUCUUAUGUUCUGCUGAGGAAAAGGAUGGUGAAGAAAAUCGAGGAAGAGAGGCAAACAAUAGUCAUCAGCAGUUGGGCACUUGCCAGCGUGCCAAUUCCAUGAGUGAUUUGUAUUCUCCCAAAAACACAGCUGCUACAACAAAUGGUGGCCCACGAAAUACUCCAGGAGGGUACUGUCGGAAUUUAGUGUCUCAUAUUCCAGAUAUUGGGAACCACAAAACAUCACCUACCACAAUGGAGAAUGUUUCUUCGUACAGUAAUUAUAACACACUCCCCUGCAGGAAAUCUCAUUGUCUGUCUGAAGGUAUCACUCACCAAAAAAUGAACCAUAGCAACAGUAUGCAUGGCAGAAGAGCAAAGACAACCCAGGAUGUUAAUACAGGUGAAGGGAGUGAGUUUGCUGACAGCGGGAUUGAGGGUGCAACGACUGACACGGAUCUCCUUUCCAGACGCUCAAAUGCUACAAACUCUAGUUACUCUCCAACAACCAGUCGAGCGUUUGCUGGCAGUGACAGUGGCAGCUCUUCUACAGGUGAUGGGACCCGCCAGGGAGUCUAUGAGAACUUCCGACGGGAACUGGAGAUGAGCAGUACCAACGAUAACCUGGACGAAGCUGGUUCUGCCCUGAGUGAUGAACAGAGCAGCGGGACAUUAAGUUCUCCGGGACAGUCAGACAUUCUCCUUACUGCAUGCCAGGGAACUGUACGGAAAGCUGGAGCACUUGCAGUGAAAAAUUUUCUUGUCCACAAAAAGAACAAGAAGGUGGAGUUAGCUGCGCGGAGGAAAUGGAAGCAGUACUGGGUUUCCUUAAAAGGAUGUACGUUAUUCUUCUACGAAAGUGAUGGCAGGUCUAUAAUAGACCACAACAGCAUCCCAAAACAUGCAGUCUGGGUAGAAAAUAGCAUUGUGCAAGCAGUGCCUGAGCACCCAAAGAAAGACUAUGUCUUUUGCCUCAGCAAUUCCCUUGGAGAUGUUUUUCUGUUUCAGACCUCUAGCCAAACCGAACUUGAGAACUGGAUCACAGCAGUCCAUUCUGCUUGUGCAACAGCAGUAGCGCGGCAGCACCACAAAGAGGAUACGGUCAAACUGUUGAAAACAGAGAUUAAAAAACUGGAGCAGAAGAUUGACAUGGACGAGAAGAUGAAGAAAAUGGGGGAAAUGCAUUUCCUCAGCUUAUCCUCCGUCCGAGACUCCAAGAAGAAAAAAACCAUUCUUGAUCAGAUCUUUGUUUGGGAACAAAACCUGGAACAGUUUCAGAUGGAUCUCUUUAGAUAUCGAUGUUACUUAGCUAGCCUUCAAGGAGGAGAACUGCCAAAUCCAAAAACGUUGCUUGCAUUUGCAAGUCGGCCAACGAAAGAUGCGAUGGGUCGUCUUGGAAUCUUUUCAGUGUCUUCUUUUCAUGCACUGGUGGCGGCUCGCACGGGUGAAUCUGGUGUUAGGCGAAGAACACAGGCCAUGUCACGAUCCGCAAGCAAACGCCGAAGCCGCUUUUCAUCCCUCUGGGGUCUGGACACUACUUCAAAGAAGAAGCAAGGGAGACCAAGCAUUAAUCAGGUGUUUGGUGAAGGAAAUGAUUCUUUGAAGAAAUCUUUAGAAGGAAUAUUCGAUGAUACUAUACCAGAAAGCAAGAGAGAGAAAGAAGUGACACUGACUGCUGUUCAUCCGCAUAAUCCUGACUCAGACAUCUGGGUUCAUGAGUACUUCACGCCAUCUUGGUACUGCCUACCAAAUAACCAGUCAGCUUUGACUGUAAUCCACCCAGGGGACACAACAAGGGAUAUCCUGGAAAUGAUUUGUAAGGCACAUCAUCUGGAUUACUCAGCUCACUGUUUGCGUCUAAAGUUCCUGACAGGAAACCAAAUGCAAUUCUAUGUACCAAAGUCAGAUGAAGAUAUCUAUGAACUGUUAUAUAAAGAAAUUGAAAUCUGUGAAAAAGUUACACAACAAAUUAAUAUUGAAAAAUCUGACACAUUGUCAGAUAACUAUGGUUUUUGUCUGUGCUUGCUGGAAGAAGAAGGGAUUCGCCGGCUCUAUGUGAGCAGUGUCAAAGAGACGGGUCUGGCUUUCAAGAAAGGCCUGAAAGCUGGUGAUGAAAUUGUUGACAUUAACAAAAAAGCUGCCCAGGACCUGAAUUCAGUCACGCUAAGAGAUAUUCUUGUUCAGCAUUCUCUGUGCCUUACAGUGCGGACUUAUCCUGAAUCAGAGCAAAAGCUAACGCAGCUGCCACCACGCCGCAUGGACAGUUCUUUUGACCUGGCUGAAAGUCCUUCAAGAUCUGUCAACAGCCAAGGACACUUUCUCUGCAGUGAACAAGAGAACUGUGCAGAGGCAAUUCCAGACGAGGCAGAACUGCACAUAUUGGAAUCCUCUGAAGACGCUGAUAAAACAGGCAAGAGUACAGAACAAGUUGCAGCUUUUUGUCGUAGUCUUCAUGAGAUGAAUCCAUCCGACUUGAGUGUCAACCCUCAGGAAUUUAUUGGCCCUCAACAAGCCACAAGACAGCUAACUGAUGCUGAUAAACUGCGCAAGGUUAUUUGUGAACUCCUUGAAACAGAACGCACCUAUGUCAAAGACUUAAAUUGUUUAAUGGAGAGGUACCUGAAACCUCUACAAAAGGAAACUUUCCUCACUCAGGAAGAGCUUGACGUUCUUUUUGGAAAUCUGACUGAAAUGGUAGCAUUUCAAGUAGAAUUCAUGAAGACUCUUGAAGAUGGGGUUAGGUUGAUUCCUGACCUUGAAAAACUUGAAAAAGUUGAUCAGUUUAAGAAAGUGUUGUUUUCCUUGGGUGGGUCUUUUCUCUACUAUGCUGACCGUUUCAAGCUGUAUAGUGCCUUCUGCGCCAGUCACACAAAGGUUCCAAAGGUCCUUGUGAAAGCCAAGAUGGACACUGCAUUUAAGGCAUUUUUGGAUGCUCAGAAUCCUAGACGACAGCACUCAUCGACGUUAGAGUCUUACCUCAUCAAACCCAUCCAGAGGAUACUGAAGUAUCCUCUUCUACUGAAAGAACUCUUUGCCCUCACUGAUUCAGAGAGUGAAGAACAUUAUCAUCUUGAUGUGGCCAUUAAAACAAUGAACAAAGUUGCCAGCCAUAUAAACGAAAUGCAGAAAAUCCAUGAAGAAUAUGGUGCUGUGUUUGACCAACUUAUUGCAGAACAAACAGGCGACAAAAAAGAGGUUGCAGAUCUUUCUAUGGGAGACUUGCUUUUACAUACCACGGUAAUCUGGCUUAACCCUCCUGGAUCUCUGGGAAAAUGGAAGAAGGAACCUGAACUGGCAGCAUUUGUAUUCAAAACUGCAGUGGUCCUUGUGUAUAAAGAUGGCUCCAAACAGAAGAAAAAACUGGGCGGAUCACAUAGAGCUUCAAUCUAUGAAGACUCAGACCCAUUCCGUUUCCGACAUAUGAUACCUCUAGAAGCUCUGCAGGUUCGAGCCCUGGCAAGUACAGAUGCUGAGACCAGUUCUGUCUGCGAGAUAGUUCAUGUGAAAUCAGAGUCUGAAGGUAGACCAGAGAGGUCAUUCCACCUUUGCUGCAGUUCACCAGAACAUAGGAAGGAUUUUCUGAAGACUGUGCAUUCAAUUCUGCGUGACAAACACAGACGACAACUCCUUAAAACUGAAAGCUUGCCUUCUUCCCAGCAGUAUGUUCCUUUUGGAGGAAAAAGAUUGAGUGCUCUAAAGGGUGCAAGGCCAGCGAUGAACAGGACAGUGUCCGCUCCAAGCAAGUCUCUUGGGAGAAGGCGGCGGCGGCUGGCUCGAAACAGAUUCACCAUUGAUUCAGACGCCAUCUUUGCCAGCAGCCCUGAGAAAGAGUCUCAGCAGGUGUCCAACAGCAAAGACACUGACCGCUGGGUAGAAGAACAAUUUGACCUUGGCCAGUACGAGGAGCAAGAGGACAUAAAAGAAACAGACAUUCUCAGUGAUGAUGAUGAAUAUUGCGAGCCUCUGAGGGGUACAGUGAUUGAAAAAGAACUUCAGGAGCAGUUGCGGGCAGCCUCCAUUACAAGCAACCAGUUGUUCCGUGAAAACAAAGGCCGCUAUGCCGUGGGUUCUCACGCUUCACGAAUGGCUCAGUUGAAGAAACAAGCUGCUCUGUCUGGAAUUAAUGGUGGCAUGGAAGGCAGCGAGGAGGUCAUUUGGGUUCGCCGUGAAGAUUUUGUGCCACCCAGAAAACUGAACACUGAGCUUUAGACCCGUUUUCCUGUUAGAUGGUAGUCAUUGAUGUGCUCUCAACCCACCCCUUUCACAUUGUGGAGAAUGCUCCUUUAGAAUGCACUCUUGCACAUACAGUUAUGGCAGCUAAACUGGUUAAAACCAUACAGCCUCUUUUUCCCUUAAAGGUAAUGUAUAACAAGAAAAAAAGCAAACAAUUUUUUGAAAUGGAAUGAGCUUGAGUCCUUCUCUGUACAUUACAAAGGGCUUUAUUUAUUCUAAUCAGGGGUAUAAUAUUGAAAUGGGAUGCAUCGAUAUUACUAGAAAGCAUAUUGCUGUGGAUUUUUUAAAAAAAAUAUGUGCAGCAAGUUAGUUUAAGAGAUAGCACAAGCAGCAAACGAUUUUUUUUAUAUGUGACAUGUCAAUCAUGGGUUCAUCUCCUCAAACAAGGAAGCUGCCUUUUCAGACUCUCUAGCUGCAGGAUUCUUAAUCAUUUUCUCUGAAGGUUCAGAGAUUCUUAUCCCAGUCAUGCAGAGAAAGAGGCUUCCAUGCAUGGACCCUCCUUCUGGAUGGAGCCCCAGAAGUGGAAUUGGUGGAAACCAAUUGCAUUCACUUCCAUGAGUAUACAUGAGCAGUGGGGUUGUCCUGAAGUGCACAUGCAUUGCUCAACAGAUGUGUGAUGCUCUGGCUAAAAUCCAAUCACUUGUGAAGUAAAGCCUUGAAUUCGGCUUCCCUUCCCUUUUCCUUCGACAGCUAUUCAAAACUGCAAGUACUACACAUCUGUUGGACAGAGGAGAUCUCUUGCAUGCAGAAGCAUUUGCAAAAUUACGGGCGUAAGAGAGACUGUCUGGAUCCAGCAACAUUAUGUAUAUUUUAGGAAUGUGUGAGGAAAGUUUGGAAUUUUAUGUUAGGUUGAUUUUUUUUUAAUCUGUGGCUAGUCUAACUUAGUGUCAAUGUUGGAAGUUCUAGUUUUACAUAAAUUAUAACAAUGCCAAACUCUUUUAUUUUAAAAAGAGAGCCAAAUUUAACACUUGAAAAAGAUAUUUUUCUGUAUUUUACCUGAAUUGCAAGGGCACAAAGGGAUAGGAAUUUUACAGUGUUAGUUUUGUUCCAUGUCUAGGAUGUCGAGCUGCCCUUUUAGAACAGGUUGAGCAUGUUGAUUUUAUUGGAAAAUUCUGAAUUGGAAACUCUUAUGAAUAACCUUUGCUUUAAAAAAAACAGUGUAUGUUUGAGACUGGAUCUGAUUUAGCAAUGUCAGUGUAUAGCUGAGAAACCAAGUGGGAUUAAAUAAAUCUCUGCUGUAAUUCUGUCAGAAUUAACAGGGUUACAUCUAGGAUGAGUUUGACCCUGUGUUUGAAGUUAGAGCUCAGGAAAAAUUGAUUAUUUUAUGGCCAAAAAAACUAACCUCAUCCUACUUUCUUCUCCCUUGUGAAAUUAGUAUCCUUUUACUUUCUUGCUAGAUCCCCCCCACACACACACACACACUGCAAUAGGCCAUGAACAGUUUUCUAAAAAAACACAAACCUCUUUAUAAUUUUAAACCUUUUAUUGAAACAUCUACAACAGGGUAAAAUGUGACUAGACUCUGAUAUUCAAUAGGUUUCCAAAUAAUUUUGAAAAAGCACUUUUUUCUUUGAAAUUAUUUAUAUUGUUUUCCCAUUUUAAUUUGACCUGCACAAAAGGGGAGAUUUUUUUUUGAAGUGGAUCGCUUUUUGUAUCUAUUGAUGUUUGACACAUUAGUAGGUACAUUGAAAACCUAAAAUUUUAUAAUAGCUUUAGGAAUUAUAUUUUAUACAAUCAGCUUUGACUAUAUUUUGAGACAUGAGCAGAAAAUGUUAUUCAGCAACAUCAGCUGUCUGAUGGCCCAGCCAACAUUGGACUCCCUACCUGUCUGGUUCUCUGUGCGCUACUCUAGUGUUUUGAAAGUAUUAUUCUCUUAACUUUUGCUAUAUUUUCAUUGUUUUCUUAAAAGGCUUUAGUGAGGUUUCUACACCCUAUGUAUCUCAUUAUAUUUAAACUCAAGUCAGUUGUGUACCAACUUAUUAGACAUAACAAUGUUUUAGCUAUCCCCAGUGGAAUACAUUAAGCCUGUGAAAUGCUGGACGUCCUGUGCUUGGAGGGUGCCAUUGUUCUUGUACAUAACGUCAUGACCUGUUGAUGUCAAAGGUUCUUAUAUAUUUCUUUUAUAAGCUAAAAGAAGGUCUAUUUUUAUGUUUUUAGGUAUAUGAAUGGAACGUUGUAAAUGCCUGUCAAAUAAAAUAAUGCCAAAAAGCA